AUGGCAGGUACAAACGGAAAGGAAAAAUUACCCCAGGAGGGUAGGUCCCUCGGGACUGAAUCCCUCCCUUCAGCUACGGCUGGAGGCCGCUCCAUGGAUUCUGGGGGGAGCAAACCUGCGCGGAGUGAUGUGGAAGGAGGAGAUAGGAGGAAACAAGAGAUAGAGAAGAGAAGGAAGGAGGAGGAGAAAAGAAGAGCGGAAAUGGAAGGAAAGAGGAAAGAAGAAAUGGAGAAAGAAAAAUACGAAAGAGAACUGUUGGAACAACAGAAAAGAAGGAAAAGUCUGGCAAGAUCACCCAUUCUACCAGCACAGAUAGAAAGGUCGCAAGUGGAUGAAAGAAUGGAAGGGGUUGAGCAGAGCACCAUAGCAAGUGAAGAAGGAGAAGGAAAUGAAGGAGAGGAUGAAGGAGAGUCGGAGAUAGAGAAAGUGAGAAGAUCUCCAAGUGAUGUAGAGAAAAGAGAAAUUGAGAGAAGAGCUAGAGAGAGAAGAAGAUUAAAGGAAGUGGAGGAAGGAUUGACUCAGAACAGAGUCGGAAACGGCUGA